AUGAAUGAAGGAAAAUUCAACUUAAUUUAUAAAAAUGAAUCAAAUCGUUAUAGGCUUGGAAAGGAAGAUUGCAACAAAUUCCAUAGUCGACAAUUUUUUUACAUUUACAGAGCAAGAGUGGAACAAUUAAGAGAAAGGAUAAUUAAAAAUGCAAGGAAAAUUCUCGGAAAUGAAAAUUUAACUAGCACGACAAUUGAUUAUCAAAAGGAAAAUAACGACGUUUUUCUUGUUGGAAUUGUUUUUAAGAAAAUGAAAUUUCGUCAAAGCGUACUUUAUGAAUUUGCCGAUGAUUCUAAUUUAAAACUUAAAUACACAAAAAAAGAUGAUGAUAAUUUGGUGGAUGAAAGCGAUUUACUUGAACUUGAGAAUAAUCAACAGUUGAUAAAACUGAUCGGAAAUAUCAACAAACAUUCACUUGUAACAGGCGAUGUGAUUGGUGUUUAUGGCAGUCAAGCUAGGAUGGAUGAUACUUUUAAAGUUGAAAUGAUGAUCCUGCCCGAUCUUCCGCCUCAAAUACCUUGGCCAAUUAUUGAGAAGGAUUGUUAUAUUGCUUUUAUUUCUGGCAUCUCUUUGGCUGGCGGCUCAGAAAAAUCUGCAAAAACAAUUCAAGCUCUGAAUACAUUUCAAAAGUGGGUAAACAAUGAAUUGACUUUGAAAUCUCAUGAAAAGACUGAUGAUAUCGUUAAUAAUUUAAUACGUUUGGUUAUUGCUGGAGAUUUUGCUCAAUUAAAUUUAAUUGAAAUACAAAGACAAAAGGUGGCCGCAAUUGGUUUAGAAUAUGAAUCAAAUCUGGAUUGCUUUACAGGAUUGGAUGCUUUUAUUUGUUCUUUAUUGGAAAAAUUAUCUAUUGAUGUAAUGCCUGGUGCAAAUGAUCCCACUCAAUGUUUAAUUCCACAACAACCAAUUCCCAGAUAUGUAUUUACUGGAGCUGAUGAGAAGAAAUAUUCAAAUUUUCAAACAGUUACAAAUCCAUACCGUUUUUCAUUGGGAGGUCUACAAUUUGUUGGAACUUCAGGUCAGAAUCUUAACGACUUGGCACGGUUAACAUCGCCUUCAAGUGAAUUGGAAAAAAUGGAAAGAACAUUAAAUAUGAGUAAUUUAUUUCCAACAGUUCCCGAUACUCUUUCUGGUUUUCCAUUUUCUACUCGAGACCCUCUAAUUCUUGAACAAUUGCCUCAUGUCUAUUUUUGUGGAAAUCAACAAAAGUUUGGACAAAAAUUAAUUGAAUAUGACGAUGGGAAAAGAUGCCUUAUAUUUACCAUUCCACGAUUUUGUGAAACUUUUGAAGUUGCUCUAUUGAAUCUUAGAACUUUAAAAGUUAAGUCAUAUUGCUUCAAAACUUGAAGAAUUAUUUUAAGA